ACCGCUCUUCCCUUCCUCCCAAGACGCAGUAGUAGACUGCUCGUCCUCUGCGUCGUGAUUCCUGAUCAUAUCCUCACCGAAACAUAAUGUCUGCUCCUGAGGUGUACAAUAUCUCCCAGACGCCUAUAACGUCCCAUGCCUUCAACCCCGACCGCAGCCAGGUUGCCGUGAGCCUCAAGUCCAACGAGGUCACGAUCCUCUCUAGCCAGGGCUCGGAAUGGGUGCCGACCGAGACUCUGUCGGAGCACGAUAAAGCCAUAACUUCCAUCGACUGGGCGCCAAACACCAACCGGAUCGUGACCGCCUCGCAGGACCGAAACGCAUACGUGUGGCAACUCACCCCCGAUCCAACCACCGGCCAGACGGUGUGGAAGCCUACGCUCGUGUUGCUGCGCAUCAAUCGCGCAGCUACGUACGUGCGCUGGAGCCCCAAGGAGGACAAGUUUGCCGUGGCCAGUGGUGCCAGGGCGAUUGCUAUCUGCUCCUUUGACUCCGAGAACGACUGGUGGGUCUCAAGGCUACUCAAGAAACCGAUCCGAUCCACCGUCCUGUCCGUUGAUUGGCACCCCAACAAUGUCCUGCUCGCUGCGGGCUCGGCGGACAUGAAAGCACGCGUAUUCUCUGCCUUCAUCAAGGAUGUUGACAAGAGGCCAGCUCCGACCGUCUGGGGCGAAAAGCUCCCAUUCAACACCAUUUGCGGCGAAUACUCGAGCCCGUCUGGCGGAUGGGUCCACGCCGUCGGCUUCUCGCCCUCCGGUGACGUUCUCGCGUUCGCGAGCCAUGAUAGCACGAUCAGCAUUGUCUACCCAGGUGGCCCAGCGAUACACACUAUCAGGAUCAACACGCUCCCGCUGGUCACGUUGACCUGGACUACCGAGGACGCGCUCGUCGCCGCGGGGCACGACUGUCAGCCACUGGUGUUCUCGGGCAACGAACAAGCCUGGUCGCUCAUCGGAAGUUUGGAUGCCAAAUCCGGGGCAGGAAGCAAAUCGUCCGGUUUCGGCGGUGGGUCGCCUGUCGUGGGUCGCCUGAACAGCGCGGCAUUCAAUACCUUCAAGAACGCGGCUGAACGCGGCCAGAGCGGUGGCGCGACCGAAGCAGCUCGCGGCUCCGGUGAUACGGUACUUCACACUGUUCACCAGAACACUAUCUUGAGCGUCCGGCCGUAUGCAGGCGGACCUGGAGCGGUGACACACGUCAGCACCUCUGGCGUCGACGGUAGGCUGGUCGUGUGGGACGUGAACGCAAUUGCGGAGGGUGGGCUUGCGAGCAAGCUGGCAUCUAAGCUGAGACUGCAGUAAACGUGAAUGGAUGUAUGCUAUGGCUUUAGACAAUCGUACGGAUCUGACUAUGCUCGCAUGGUCGUGUCGAAGGAAGCCUCGUCCGUGCUUUCGUUAUUCUCAUGGGAGUCGUCGCCGUCGGGGACUGAGUUGAUGACACUCCAUACGGAGGCCUUGUAGAGAGUGAAUACGAAGCCCAUCUUGCUCUCCAAAACGCGUAGCUGUUGAAUGAGCGAGUCGUUGGGGGCUUCUGCAAGCCUGCGAGUCUGUGCGAGCAACUGUUUCAAAUGCACAUUGAGCUUGGCAUACUCCCACAGCACUUGGGCCUCUGUCGGCGUCAAAUCCUGACUGGACUCGUAUGGAUUCGAGGACAAUAUCUCUGCGUCCGAAUCACUGCUCUUUGCCGCCUGCAUGGAGGGGAAG